AUGGCGGCGGCGGCGGCGGCGGCGGCGGGCCCGGGCCCGGCCGAGCCUCCCGCGGCCGCUCCGGAGCUCAAGAGCCGCUUCCGCACCCGCGAGGGCUCCUACCGCCUGCUGGGCCCCGCCGCCGCCGCCGCCUCCUCCGCCUCAGCCCCGGCCGGGCCUGCCCCGCCGGGCCCCGGGGCGCUGCCGCCGGUUCGGCUCUCGGUGGUGAGGCUGGCCCGGAGCCGGAGCCCGCCCGGGGGAGCCGCAGAGCGGAGCCGAGUGUGCUGUAAUCUCGGCAGGGAGCUGCAUUUCUACGGAGGGACGGGCAGCGGGGGACGCGGCAGCCGGAGGGCGCUGGACCUGCAGCGUCCCAUCGACAAGCGCGUGUACAAGGGCACGCAGCCCACGUGCCACGACUUCAACCAGUUCACGGCGGGCACCGAGACCCUGGCGCUGCUCGUCGGCUUCUCGGCCGGGCAGGUGCAGUACCUGGACCUGGCCAAGAAGGACAGCGCCGGGCGGCUCUUCAACGAGGAGCGCCUGAUCGACAAGUCCAAGGUGACGCUGGUCCGGUGGCUGCCGGACACGGAGCGCCUGUUCCUGGCGUCGCACGCCAGCGGCCACCUGUACCUGUACGACUCGGAACAACCCUGCGGGGCCACCAGCCCGCAGUACACGCUGGUGACGCAGGGAGAAGGCUUCAGGGUCUUCUCCUGCAAGAGCAAGACGCCCAGGAACCCGCUGCUGAAGUGGGCCGUGGGCUCGGGGCCGCUCAACGAGUUCGCCUUCUCGCCGGACGGGCGCUCGCUGGCCUGCGUCAGCCAGGACGGCGUGCUCAGGGUGUUCCACUUCUCCUCCAUGCUGCUCCAGGGCAUGAUGAGGAGCUACUUCGGGGGGCUGCUCUGCGUCUGCUGGAGCCCCGACGGCCGCUACGUGGUCACCGGUGGGGAAGACGACCUGGUCACCGUGUGGUCGUUCGCCGAGGGCCGGGUGGUGGCCCGAGGGCACGGCCACAAGUCGUGGGUGAACGCGGUGGCGUUCGAUCCCUUCACGCCGCCCGACGGGCAGGGGGACAGGCACGGGGACGGCCCCGAGGACCCGCCGAGCGUCACCUACCGCUUCGGCUCGGCCGGCCAGGACACGCAGUUCUGCCUGUGGGACCUCACCGAGGACGUGCUGGAGCCGCGGCCGCCGCCUCCCCGCUCCCGCCCCGCCGCCGUUACCGGGGAGGAGCCGCCGGGACCGCCCCCGCCUUCCGUGCCGGGGCUGCCGCGCUCCCUCUCCCGCUCCAACAGCCUCCCGCAGCCCGGCGGGGGCCCCCAGAUGUCGCCCCGCGUCCCCCCGGUGCUGAGCGUGGGGCGUUUCGCCACGCUGACCCUGCGCGACCCCCGAGGGGCGGCCGAGAAGGAGCACAAACGUUACCACAGCCUGGGCAACAUCAGCCGGGGAGGAGGGGGCGGCAAUAACGCCGAGAAGCCCCCUCCCCAAAGCGGGCCGGGGUCGCGGGGAGGGGCCCUGGACUCGGCCAAGGUGCUGGGCACGGCGCUGUGCCCGCGGCUGCACGAGGUGCCGCUGCUGGAGCCGCUGGUGUGCAAGAAGAUCGCCCAGGAGAGGCUGACGGUGCUGCUCUUCCUGGAGGAUUGCAUCGUGACGGCGUGCCAGGAGGGGCUCAUCUGCACCUGGGCGCGGCCCGGGGUCUCUGGCCUGUCCUCGCAGAACGGCGGCUCCCCGAGUGGCACCGUGGUGUAGCUGUGUCACCUGUGUCACCUGUGUCACCUCCCGGGCCACCUGUG